AGGAUCACCGACCAAGUGCACACAGCGAAGAGAUGAUUGCGUUGAUUUCGGGCAUGCUCUUGAUGAGCUCAGCCAUGGCUGUGCCCAGCAGGUACUCGGUGUUGGACGAGGUUCCAGUUGGGGGUUUCGGAAUCGCGACAUCUCUCGGAGGCGAGCAGAAGUUGCUCAUCAAGUCUAAUUCGGACGUAGACGGAAACGUUCCGAUUGCUCGGCGACACGCUGAUGUCACUCACGAAGUUCCGGUCGUUCGACCAGACGAAGCCGACUCAAAUAGCCCAGCCGUCAACUCAGUUGCUUCUCAUCACGAACCAGACAACAGCCCGGGAAUUGAGAGAUCCUCACCGGAAGAAGCCAGCAACAACAGCCCUCAUCAAGAAGAACCCGAAAAGGCAAAACACCAAGAGCCAGCAGAAGUGUCACCCAUUAUUGCCCGAGAUCAUCAUGUGGUGCAUGAUCAUCAGGAACCCGAGAAGGAACCCCAAGUGCUGGCCUCGUCAACCACGACUAAACCUGCGCCGGUUUCCGAGCCCAGAAGGGCCAAGGCCGUGUUGUCGGGUCCGUCGGCCCACGGGGAGAUUAUUUUUGAUCAAGCAGGGCCCAGUGAACCCGUGCGCAUCACCGGAGAGGUCAAGAACCUGACCCAGGGUCUCCAUGGGUUCCACAUCCACGUUUACGGCGACGUUGGCCGGAAUUGUGCUGCUGCUGCCGGGCACUUCAAUCCGCAUCAACUCAAGCACGGAGCACCUUCGGCAAACGAGCGACACAUUGGCGACUUGGGCAACAUUCGCGCUGACGAAACCGGCGUGGCCCGCGUUGAAUCCCUUGACCCGCUAGUGACCUUGUUCGGUGACCAUAGCGUAUUGGGUCGAGGAGUGGUUGUGCAUGCCGGUGAGGAUGACCUGGGUCUCGGCGGCGACGAAGGAAGUGCCACGACCGGAAAUGCGGGCGGAAGAGUCGCCUGUGGCGUCAUCGGCAUCGUCGAUCCCGUCGUCGUCAAGACCAACUGACGAACUAAAAAAGCUGUCCCAGUUUUUUGGGCGGGGCGGGUUCCAGCAUGACGAGGUCGAACUAUACGGGACCUAAAUUUCGAUUUUUUUUUUCAAAUGUUUUCGAGAUUGUGUCUGGAAUGUAAUUUCGCUUGAUUGAAGUACAGUAUAUGAAAUAUUUCGAACGAAAAACAAAAA